CUUGCCGUAACCAUGGCCGUAAUGCUUCCAUGUUCGAGGGCAUCUCCAAGCCGUUAUGAGAAAAAUGGUGAGGAGCGAACCAGCGAACUUCAACGGCAGAUUUACGGCAAACAUCAUUCUUUUUCAUUUUUCUCUAGUCUGUCUGUCAUAUGCGAGUUGGUUCUUUUAUUCUAUGAUAUGCGUGUGCUUGGUACUUGCAAAAGCGGUGCCGCAGCCACUGCCAUCAACACCAAGGAGCACUGUCAAAUGACUGUCAACACCCGUCGACACCAAUUACCAUGGAGGAAAGAACAAAACCAUGAUGAUUAACUGCCGCGGUGCUUUGUAAAGUUGUUUAGCGUAAAAACGCGUAAAGUCAGUUGGGAGAGUGCAUGCUGCGUUCGUGAAAGCGUGAGCUUACCUUCGGCACCCUGCAUUACUGGCGUCGCUUCGCAAGCACAGCGUAGUCAACGCCGCGCCUCACUAUGACCGACUGCAAUGACCCUGUGGAGGCCGAGGCAGAUGUGCUGAAGAGGCACCUACGUGGAUUACGAAAGCGGGGCAGCCUGUGGACGGGCUACACGGAGUCUCUGGAGGCAUUCACGGACUUUCUGCAUGACCUAGCCCAGAUAAACAUCACCUUUCGGACCGAGCACUCUGCCAAGCAAAACGGGAGACUGCUUAUGGCCAGUCGGCGUGGAGACGUUGUUGUGGACGAGAACAUUCCGUUCACGGUUUUGCGGAACUCAAAGAGAAGCUGCAUCUUCGGCUGGGAGCUGAAGAAAUUGCAGGGUCCAGGAAGUAGCCAGGUGACAGAAGCAGAGCAGUCGGCAGCAUCUUCGUCACAGAAGAAAAGGAAGCUAGGCUGUACUGCCAUGAUGCGUGUGAAGCAAGUGGAAAUUUACCCAGAAUACAGGAUAAACCGUCCACCUGGCCGAACGAAGCAUGAACGUGACACAGCUUCAAGGCAGCAAAUCUCCCGCUUGAAACUUGCACUUCAAGAAGAGGGCAGCAUUCAAACUGUCCUUCGUCAGGAACGAUUUUACAUCUCUAUGUCGGAUAUCAAAAGUCACUGCAAUCAUGAUAUAUCUCGGUGUGUACGGUCCACACAACCUAUUGAACCAAAACUAGCCACAAAAAUAGUUGAGCUUGUUCGUCAGGGCAUGACAGCAGUGAAAGCAAUGGAGAGCCAUCUAAAGUGUUACGUAAAAGAUGUCUUAUUUUUAAACAAGCCAUGUCCCCUUGUUUCAUCAAGAUAUUAUUACCCAAGCGAGUGGGACAUACGAAAACAUAUCCGGCAGGCACUUCAGAAAUGCAGGUUUAAUUCCACUGAUCAAGACAGUGCAGCAAAAUAUGUGGAAGAGCUCCGUGAGAAGACACCAACAACAAACUGCUUUUUCCGUUCCUGUGAGAUGAGGCGUGAAGAAGACAACCAGCUUCUGCCAGUGCAGCAAGACCAAACUGACUGGGACAUCCUCGAGUCUGUGGCACAGGAUUGCCAUAGCACACUACUGUUUUGCAUCCAAACUAACUUCAUGAGGGAACUAUUGCUAAAAUACAGCAGCAAUGUUGUGUGCCUUGAUGCAACCUACAAGACGACUGAAUGUGCACUUCCACUAUUCUUCAUCAUAGUAAAGACCACCAGCUGCUACGCUGUGGUAGGUGCUUUCGUUGUCCAGUUUGAAACGGCCGAGUGUAUUGGAGAAGCGCUAAGUAUUUGGAGAGCUUGGAACUCCGAUUUGAACCCCAAGUUUUGGAUGGUGGACUUGAACCAGGCCGAGAUCACAGCUCUUUCCAAUGCUUUUCCCUGCGGACGCACCAUCAUCUCCGAUUCUCACAGAGAACAGGCCUGGCAUAGGUUUUUCUCAACUGAAGAAAAUGAUGUUGCUGAUGUUUCUGCUGUGGAAGCACUCUUAAGUCAAAUAGCAGACAGCCAAAAUGAGCAGGACUUUAAGAUGGCGCUUACGAGUUUGAAGGAGUCGCCUCACUGGUUACAAAACCACAAGUUGCAAAAGUACAUCACGCACUGGCUCUCGGUUAAAGAACUGUGGGUUAAAAUGUACAGACUUGACCUUCCUUAUGACUGUAACAAUGGGGCAGACCUGAAGUCUUACUUGGCAAGAAAGUGUGGGAACCUUAGCCUCUCGGAGCUUGUCAAAGCCUUGGUUGAGGUAUGUUUCCCCGAGAUGGAGGCCCAGUUCCUUCAGGCCAGUAUUAGCUCGCCUAGCCAUCCGCUCAACAACAUCUUCGAGUCCCCUGCAGUCCCCAAGAAAGAGCCGGACAUGAUUUCUCUCUCUACGACACCGUCCACGUUCUCGGAGCAAUUUAGAGAAUCGCCAGCGAGAAGUGAUGCAGAAUAUAUUGCUCUAGACCCACACCAGCCUCCCCAGCACAGCCAGCACCAUCUAACGUCCCAAAUCAGAACCCAGACUAAAAAGAUUGCUUCUGUACUGCACUAUAUCAAUGAUGAUGCCGUAUUGCAAGAGGUGCUCGCAAUGUUGACUGUGGCCAAGGCACUCAUUCGUGAGAACUUGGCCAUUAAUGAUGUUGAGAUUUGAGGCUCCUCUAAGAAUGUGCACUCUGACAUUGUCAACACUCCAUUCAGGUAAUGCUGGUAGUUUUGCAUUUGUACUAAAAAAAGUAAGGUUUAAAUGAGUAGGAAAAACAUUUCAAAUUUUCGGCCUUCAGUGAGCUGCUUUCCAAAAAAUGUGGAGAAACAUCUGAUAAGUGAAGUGUUCAGCAGCCGUGAAACUGACAUUCCAAAAGAAAAUGGGCACGUACGGGCAAAGUCAGUGUUGAUCCGUCACCCUACUUUGAUGUGGAUCCUGGCUGAUAACUGGCAAGACCAGCUUGUCUGUGAAAACAAGGACCCUCCAGUCAGCCUCCAGUCUCACGGCAUUGGGCGUGCUGUGGGGAAAGCUAUUUGGCUAUCCCACCUGGGAGGCUGGCUCAGGUUAUGAGUGGCAUUAGUAUACAAGGUGUGUUCAAAAGGAAACCGAACUUUUGAAAUAGCGCACCAACCGGCAGAGGGAGCGGGCUGUGGCUACUGAGCGCUCAUUGUGGCUGGUUUAGACAAACUGCCAUUUGCCGCAUUUUGCUCUGAUCAUUAGUGGGCGAACUACAGCUGCUGAAGUGAGCACAUGCACAAGCUGCUCAUCAGAUGAGUCCCAAAGUCGCAAUGAAAGAACUUGAGUAACAACGUGUGUGUAUGAAAUUUUGCUACAAACUUGGCAAAACUUUCACAGAGACAUUUCAAUUCCUUAGCUAAGCAUGCGGUGAGGACUGUAUGAGUCGCACACAGGGCUAUGAGUGCUUUAAGCAUUUUGAACACGGCAGAAGGUCAGUCGGUCAGAACACGGCAGAAUGCCAAGCCUGGAUGACCUUCCACAUUAACAGAUGAUGACCAUGUCGAGAGAGUUUGAGUUUGGAAAUUGUUGUUUAACUGUUCGAGAAGUUUAAUGAAGUGAGCAUCAGUGUAGGAUCAUGGCCUACAAAUUUUGAAUGACAAACUUGAGAUGGGUCAUGUCAGUGCAAAAUUCUUGCCGCGUUUUUUGACUGAUGAUCACAAACACGCAUGUUGAAAUCAGCCAGGAACUACUUGCCACUGCCAAUGACAAUAAAAACUUCCUUAAGAAAAUCAUAACAGGUGAUGAGACCUGGGUUUAUGGCUAUGAUAUUGAAACGAAGGUGCAGUCGUUGCAGUGGGUGGGCAAAGGGUCUGCUCGUCCAAAAAAAGCAUGCGUGAAUAAUUCAAAGAUCAAGGUGAUGUUGGUUGUGCUUUUUGACUGAAGAGGCCUUGUCCAUCAGGAAUUUGUAUCACGUGGUCAGAUGGUAAACAAGGAAGUCUACCAGGGAAUUCCAGCAUGUUGGCGAGAUGCUGUGUGCGGGAGGAGGCCUGAAUUGUGGGGAAACCAGACCUGGAUGGCGCAUCAUGACAAUGCACCGGCUCACGUGUCGCUCCUUGUCCGCAGCUGUCUACCAAAACAUCACACACUCGUGCUGCAUCCACCGUAUUCUCCGGACGUAGCCCUAGCAAACUUUUUCCUAUUUCCCAAACUUAACCCUUUGGCGGUUUUCUGUCCCGCAAGGUCUUUGCCGUACGGGUACAGUUUCAACGCUUCGUUUGAAAUUUCGCGCCAUAAUGACAAUGCAUGGGGGGGGGGGGCUCACUGGCAGGUGCUGCCACCUCCUAGGACUUACAGCAAGCGUUUGAAAUUUGUGCUACCUUCUUGCAGAGAUAAAUAGAACUUAUUUCUAGCUUCAGUGCGUCGUGUAGUCUGCGGCAAUGCCCUUUCACGGUUUCGGUUUCGCUGCGUGAUCGUAACGGAGGCGUGCAAAACGUGAUUUUUAUGUUUGUUGGCACUCCCUUGCAGGGGCAGUGGAAGUUGAUUUCUAUCUUUGUUGGCACUGCUCUUAGCUUGUUUAUCACCGCCACUCACGAGGUAUUCUCGCUCUCCUUGUUUACCGAGUUCCCGUCGAGUUCUUCAGAUGCACGGCAAAGCAGCGAUAUGGCCGAACGCACUGCCUGUUCUCUUGACACCGACAGCGAUGCUGAUUUUUGCUUCAUACACAGAGUCUCAAUCGGAAGAUAGUUUUUCUUCAGAGAGGGCAGCUCAUCUUCAGACAAUGAACUGCAUUCAACCAGUUCCACCUUCGACUCCAGCGCACCCGCAAGAUCCCGAAAGCGGGCAAGACGCGACGACGCCCAGGGGCCGUAUUCUGAAACGUUCCACUUCAGUGAAAUUUCUUUUUAGCUUUCAGGCGCGUGACGAUUGGCUGUUUUAGCAAAAUUGGAUGAGCUGAUUGGCUGGUUGAGCCCGACGUCAUUCAAUUUUGCUCAACCAGCCAAUCAGCGCGCCUGAAAGCAAAAAAAGAAAUUUCGCUGAAGUGGAACGUUUCAGAAUACGGCCCCAGUGGGACACAUGUGAUUUUUGCCAUCUCUUUUCACCUUUGACGACUCAUAAUCAGGGCAGGUUGCGGCCUCUCUGCUCCCACCAGAAGCAAGCCAAUUGGAUUAUUUCACACUGUUUUUCGAUGAAGAACAUGUGUCGCUCAUCGUCACGGAAACUAACAAGUACGGGAGUGAAAAAGCAGAUGCAUGUCACUCCGGCGCAUCACGGCUCAGAGCCUGGGCGGCCGUGGACCUCCCGGAGUUUUACUGCUUCUUGGCAAUAGUGCUGCUUAUGGGCCUAGUGCAGAAGAACACCCUGCAGGACUAUUGGUCAACGGACCCGAUGCUGGUGACCACGUUUUUGCCGGAGAUUUUUUCUGUGAACCGCUUUGUUCUGCUGUGCGUCCUGCACUUCAAUUCUAUAACGAACCACACCACUCUUCGUACAAUAAAUUUUAUUCAUUCAUUCAA